AUUCGGCUUUUACAUACACCUCACAUAAAUACUAUGCAAUUAAGCAAAUGAGUUACUUUUGUUGGCAUAAAUGUUGUAAAAAACUAAAUGCAGCAGUAAGUAUAAAUGAAACAUCAUUGCAGUUGAAUUAAGACUGAAGCUGAAUUAACAUAAAAAGCAGCAAAAAGAAGCAAAACUAACAAAAAAUAAAAAAAGAAGAGUCUCUUCAAAGAAACUAAAAAAUAUCUGCAGUGCUUUUGCAAACUGCACACACGCACCUAACACACAUGCGGCCGAGCACCAAUGUGCCACCAAACACGCACACAUGCACGCCUUAAUUAUGUUGCUGCACAAUGUCCACACCGUUGGGCGACGACAACAACACCAGCACAACAACAACUAAAUCAGCACAAGACACGCAAAGUGCUACAUUCAAAACAACAACAACAACCACAAUAAACACUAGCGCACAGCAUGUCAACAUGAACACAGCAGCAGCAACCGCAACCACAAUAACAACAACACGCCACAGCACUAACCACAAACAUAACCAACAACAUCAGAAGCAACAACAAUCGCAACAUUGCACACCCAUCGAUGUUGUUGUUGAUGAUAAUGUUGUUGCUGCAAUUGCAACAACUUCAGCUAUGGCAGCGCAAUCAGAACUUUUCAUUGCGACACAUUGCAUGCAAGCACAACAACAACAACAGCAGCAGCAACAGCAAUCACAAGCGAAACAACAACAAGGCAACAACAACAGCAGCGGUGGUCCUUCGAGCAGUCACUAUGUCUGCUAUUUACCAGUGCUAAAGCCCGAUGUGGUGCUCAGCGAUCGUGGGCUAUUUACCGUUUAUUGUUUUGUCAGAGAUUUCGUUAGGUAA